AUUAAGCAAACAAACGCGCAGAAUAAACUUCGAUUAACACUAAACAGUGCAGUGCAUCCUACUCUGUUCUUGAUAAGUUGAUCACGACAUCACGUUGCGAGCUAAAGCAGCACUACUCCUCUUCCUCUGCUUCGUCUUCUUCCUCUCGCUGCUGCUUACGAUUCCUCUUCUUCUUCUUCUUCUUCUUGAAUUCUUGAUCGUGUUGGGAUCGGCGAUGCACAAGAUUGGGAGUGGGAUGUACGUGUCCGGGCCGGCGCCGGACAGGGGGAAGGAGCGGCGGCAGCUGUCGUCGGGGUCGGUGGCGACGCCGCCGUACACCGGCGGGGACGUGUCGAGGUCGGGGGAGCUGGGGCGGAUGUUCGACAUCGGCGGCGCGGGGGUGUCGCCGGCGUCGUCGCGGCGGAGCUCGGGGCCGCUGCCGAGGCCCCUGCCGUUGCUGCCGUCGCCGGCGUCCGGCCCGCUGUCGCAGCUCUCGCACUCGGGGCUGCUCGUCGGGCCGUCGCCGCCGCCGCCGCCGCCGCAGACGCAGCAGUCGCCGGCGGGGUCGUGGAGGAAGUCGAGCCGGAGGCGGGAGGAGGCCGCGGCGGCGCCGGAGGCGGCGCGCGGGCGGGCGAGGCUGGGCGUGUCGGUCGCGUGCUACGUGGCGGCGAGCGUGGCCGCCACGGCGGGGCUCGGCGCCGGGGCGUUCUUCCUCGUGGCGUGGCACCGGUGGGAGGUGCUCUCGGCGGCGGGCGGCGCGGUGGCCGCCGUCGCGGCGGCGUUCGCGUGGAACGUGCGCCGGCGCGACGCCGAGGCGGAGAGGUUCUUCCGGCGGCUGCCCGACACGGUGUUCGACCAGAGCGACAUGCCCAUCGGCGAGCUCGUCAAGAUCACCGGGCAAGUCACCUGCGGCCACCAACCUCUCGGGGCACGCUUCCACGACGCAGCCCGGUGCAUCUUCACGUCUGUGCAGCUGUAUGAGCGCCGUGGAUGCUGCUUCCGGUGGCAACAGACACACUCUGAGACACGGACGGCGAAUUUCUACAUCUCUGACAGGAACACUGGAAAGAGGUUCUACGUGAGAGCUGGCGAGGGUGGCAAGAUCACCUGGAUGAUUAAGCAGAAGACGGACAGCUUAGAUGGCGAGAGGAAGGGAGCAUCAAGGAACCUCAAAAGCUGGAUGGCAAGCAAUGAUUUAUCGUGUGAUGGCACUGUGCAUGUCAAAGAAGGGUUCAUCAGGGAAGGGGACACUGCUAGUGUGAUUGGAGUCCUGAAGAAGCACCACGCCUACGACAUCGUCGACGCGCCGUCCGGCGUGGUAACCACCGGCUGCCAGUUCACGAGGUGUAUGUUUCCAGUCCACGUCGAGGGUCUCAUACUUGUAGGAGACGAAGACCCAGAUGAUGAAGUUUAUAUGGUCUGACGAACUCUGAACAUACAAAUAUUCCUCUGCUGCUUUGCACAAAUCGCAUGCAAAAAACUGGACUCCCAUGGCUCCAACAACCCACUUUGCAUUUCGGUUCACAAUGUGAUUUGGAUCUUGUGUGGUUGUGCUAUAUACUCUUAUUCGUUUUUCAGAGGUUUAUUGUAGACUGUAGUGAAUGAGGAUGUUUUAGUACCUCGAAUUUUAGUUACAGUUGUGUAAAUUAAAUUGACACUUACAGGCUUGCCAGUUGCCAGUAGGACAAUUUGAAACAUGAUUUUAUUUGAUAACUUAGUGAGGAGGGACACAAGAAUUGCAGAUAUUCCAUACAAAGGUUUACUUUUGAGUAGCAUACUCAGAAGUCAUGUAA